GUCGUAUUUAAGGAGCCUUCUAGUUAGAGUCAGUAGAACAAGAAUUGAUUCCUAAUGCUGGCUUCUUUACCUUUUAUUUCAUUGUUUACUGAUAGUUGUACUCAUUUUUAUAUUUAAUCCAACACCAGAUUGUGGCUGAACUGAAAUGCAGGUAAUUGGAACAAAUGUCUCUGGGUUUGCUCAGGAUCCUUUUUCUUUUUUGUUUCUACUCCCAUUAGAGGACUUUUCUUGUGAAUUGACUGGACAAAGGCAAACCAAACUCAGAUCAGACUAAAGGAACCACUUCAACCUUGGUUUGUAGUGCAGAAGAACAUCAAAAUAUAAUGAUGUAUAUUUUCUGUUUUGAUUUUGAUUCUUCAGAAUUUCUGAGAUCCAGAAUGAGGGACACAUGGACUACUGUGAGGAAAAGCUUUGAGGAGAUCAUUUCUCUGUCACUAGAUGUUUUCACCUCUGAUAAACCGAAAGGCUGGAGAAGAACUGUUCUCCUCAUGGUCACUUGUAGUUUAUGGAGCCUCCUGCUCAGCUCCCUGCUCCUCCUGUACCUUCUCUUCACCCUGGACUAUAAGCUCAUGGUGGCUGGAGGAAUCGCCAGCUGCUUUGUAGUUCUGCUGACCUUUGCCCUUUUCCUGUCAAAGAGACUGAGGUGUUUAGGGACCCUAUUUGUAGUUUCCAUUUUCAUGAAGAAAAGCCGAAACCUGCUCCUGACAGCAGGAACAAGUUUAGUUGUUCUCAAAAAUAUUCACAACACUCUGGAGAACCUCACGCUCCUAGUCCGCAGUAUGAUUUGCAACCUAAAGAUGAAGAAAGCAUCAAUCAUCGCUCCAUUUGGGAAUUACAUCAGGAUGCUAGAAUGGAUUGGAAACAUACUGAAAGGAGUUACGGAUCUAGGGUUGGUUAAUCUGGACUCAAAGCUUGAUGUUUCUCCCAGAAUAGAGUCAGAACAUUUUAAUGUGAAGCUAAAGGAUGCAGAGCAGAAACUAAAUGAGACUGUAAAAUACGCCCAAGCCCUGAUUGAGACCGUCUCUUCUGUGACCAACAGAUUGUUACCUGCCCUCAGCUUCCUCGUGCUCAUGAUGUUCAUAACUUUACACAUAAAAAGAUACUGCAACAACAUGAAAUAUGAGAACAGGUUCAUCAGCAGUAAAUUUGUUCUUUUUGAUGAAAAGCAGAAGGCGGAAGGAAAGCCCCAUGUUCUCCCGCUCACCGAGGUGGAGGGGAAACUGUAUUUCUUCAUCCCCUCGGCCCGUCCCAACACCAAAGAGGGGAAAGCUGUCCUAAAGUUUGGGGCCCCAGUUCUCUCCCAUUUUAUAGCCUGGAUCAUAGUUAUAACUGUAGAUGCCUUGUUGUACUGCUUUGUUGACAUUGUUACAAAGAAGUUAUCAGCGCUGGAGCCUUUCCAUGUUCCCUUAUUAAUAAGUUUUAAAGGAAUUUCAACCUUAAUCGGUAUACCGUUUGAUGAGAAAAGUCAAGAAAUGGACUUCUCCUUUUCUGUGACCUUAUUUGAGGAACAGUGCCUCCCUGAACCAAAGCUGCUGUUGUACAACUCAGUUUUUCCUCUCAGCAUCAUCUUUCUGGCCCUGAUCCUCAUGGCUCUGAUAGCAUCCAAGGUUUCUCAGCUCAGGCUGAUAGUCUGCGAACGAUUCUUCACCAGUGCAGGACACGCCAGAGUGGAGUAUCUGCAUCGCAAAAUCCUGAAGAAAAGGUCCAAAAUGAGGACGGAAAGAAGUGAAUUCAGCCUCAAGUCAUUUAUAGCUAAGCCACAUUUCUGGUGCCCAAUAAUCUUCAAAGCCAACAACGAUCCUCAGAGAACCUGAAACAUGACACCAAAGGUCUGAUGAGGGCUGGAGAUGAGGUUGGGUCGUGAUUGCUUCAAUCUGGUUCAACUUUAGGGCAACAGGGAGGAGAAGGUCCUCGGAGGAUGAGUUUUGCAUAUUUGUUUCAUUUUUAGAUGUUUAUUAUUACUAAUAGCACUGAUGGAUUAGAUUUAUACAGCACUUUAAAAAGCAGACGUGUCUGCUCAGUACCAGAACUGCAUGAUGUCACUAGCUACUAAAAUCCACUGAGCAUACAGAACUUGCAAAAUUAAGUGACUCAACAAAGUAGAAUGAAAGCUGCUGUUAUUUAUUUGUUGUUGAUGUUUAUAGAAACUAAAUAUAUCUGCAGGGCUUUAGGCCCAAGGCAGUUAUGUCUCAGACCCAUUUUAGAUCAUGACCCGUUAACAAUAAUAUUAUGUAUUCUUUAGACCAAUCUGAAUAUUCUGUAAAGUUCAUAGACAUCAAAACCAUAGAAACAAAAUAAAAUCAAUAUAAAAAUAAAAACUGAUCAACACUGUUUCUUCAUUAAAAGAAUAGUUUUCUGUGAACACUUUAUAUAUUUGAUAUUGUCCAGCUUAAGCAGACAUCUGCUUAUUUCAAGCAGAGCUGAGCUGUGGGAGAACAUUUCAAACUUAUUUAUUCUAAAUUUUUAUCGCCUUUGGGUUUAGUGCAUUCACUUAAUAUUAAUUAUAAAAUUAUAAAUAACAGGUCACGACAGUCUGGGCAUAGAAAGUGUUUCUAGGAACUAAAGCUUGUUGGGUUAGGGUUGGGAGCAGCUCACCUGUUCCACUGACAGGAGAAAUCCUCUCAUCAACAGGUGAUCAACACAGUAACACCGACCCAAAAAACAAAACAAAAAAAAAAAACACCAACUUCAAACAAGGCCACCGGGAAUUUCCCCGGUCGGGGCCUGGUUCCGCCCACCGUCCCCGUUAGACAGGAGCUGCUCAUCAAGCUAUGGUGACACCAGAGCUUGGCUCUAUUGGCACUCAUUAGUGCGACUAGAUUCUACAAAGUUCUCAUAAAUAAACACACAGCUUACAUCUGGCUCAUAUUAAACCAAAGCCAAAGCCCAAUGCAGGAGCUAGCUUGUAAUGAGCUCAAGCCUUUUUGCCGCUUGGGUGGUGGGGAGCGGUGGGGAAACGCAUUUAAACAACAGAACUGACCAGAAUACUGACGUAACACCGGCGCACAGAGUAAAGGUGUGGGUUUCAAUUAGCAACAGGAGAGUGUGGGAGAGAGGGCAAACACAGCAAGAGAAACACAAAGUGAACCGACUGAUAGUAAAGUUUUUGAGCUAAACUAUGGGAAAGGUGUGGAUGUUUAACCUCCUCAUUAUGGGUGUUAAAACACCCACAUUCCCCACGGGUGUGUCGCCCAUGGGUCUGAGGACGCUGAAAAUGCCUAUAAAAAUUUCUCUAAUCUGGUUGGUCCAAAACUAAAUAACGAAUCCUUAACCCUCCCACUGUCCUUUUGGGUGACCACCACCUCAUCCCUCCCACAUGGACUUCAACGGAUAAACCAUCAACCCUGCUCAAUGGUCAUCUUUCCUGGAGGGGUCACCCAAUCGGACAUUGGGAGGGUUAAAAGAAGAAACAACUCCUCUAUUGAGUAAUCCAGCAAAGUGUCCAGCCUUCAUGCUAAGCUAACUUCUCAUUGGGAGAUCAAACCAGACCUUUUAACAGAAUGUAAUUUAGCAGCAUGAGAACCAUCUCAUCCGAUGUGAAACAGUCCGCCAGAAACCACCUAUGAAGUAUCAGUUCGACCAAGUGUACAUAUUCUGAGAGGGCCUUUGACUCUCAGAUACCUCAGAAGUCCACGCACUCCAUUGGCGGAGACGGCUUUGCUUGCCGAUCUGAUCCCCAAAAACUUCUACUACGCUGGUAUGUUGGCGCUACACUGGCGCUGAAUGGGUUAAAAUUAAUUUGAUAACUAAUUAAAUAUAAAUAAAAUUCAGCAGAUUUAUUUUAUAAAUCACAUCUUUCUGAGUCACUUAAUCAUCAGAGUUUAUUCAUUGUCUCAGUUGAUAUUAACUUGAAUCACCAUUUAUAAUAAUUUGUCCUGCAUCAUCAUAGUAAUAGAAAUACAGUAUUAAAUAGAUUUUUAUAAACUAUAUUUUUGCCUCUGUGUUAAAUUAUUAUAGUGUUGUUUCCCUGGCAUACCCAAAUUACCUACUUUCAUCACCAAUUGAAUAUUAAAGGUUCAAUAAAAUUGAUAAUCCAUAUUUUUAUGGAAGAUUACAUUUAAUUGAAUACCUAUUUAUAUUAUCGACAAUUUAUUAAAAGUAGAAUAGUAGAUGUUUGGACAAAAAGAUCAGUUCUGAUCAGACUAAGCUAACCUGCCAAAGUGGACCGCUGCAGCUUUAAACCUCAAAUGUCAAACAUUUCAUGGUGAUUCAUGUGAACAUUGUUUUAUAAAGCUUUGCAUCCCUCUCAGCUUAAGCAUUACAUGAUUAUUUGCAGAAUGUUUGAGGUCUGCAUAGUAAAUAGCAGCAGCAGCAGCUAGUUGUAACAUCAGUAGACAACAUAUUUAUUAUUUGUCUGCUAAAAUGCAAAACAGGCUGUGGUAUAAAAGUUCAUUAAUUGACUUUUUCUUGCCCUUGUUCAGGGUCAGUUCCGUCUAAUUAAUUAUUAGAGCCACUACUAAAAAACAGGUGAGUACUAUUUCAAGAAGUUUCCAUAUAAAUGUGACAGGGUGAGUGUCACUGUAUCUCGACUGAUCAUGCGCCAUGGCUACGGGGAUGUCCCUUUGGCUGACUGGUUAGCACGCGUGACUCUGACCCCGGAAUCUGGGGACCAAAUCCCACCUGGGCCCUCAUUUCUCCAUCUUGCCACAUAAAUUUUACCUUAAACUUUCCAAAUAUUAAUUUUAUAGUAUUUAUUAAGUAGGUAGCUUAAAGUGAAUCUGAAAAGAAAAUUACUUUUUUGUUAAUGAAAAGGCAGAACUUCACCCACACAUGGAGGAAACCCUGACAUCAUGAUGCCUCACAAAUAAUGUAAUCAUUUAAUUCAGAAAUUUUUUAAGUUUGUGUAAUUAUCCAUCCAUCCAUCCAUUUUCAUCCGCUUGUCCGGAGUCGGGUCGCGGGGGCAGUAGCCUAAGGUGAGAGGCCCAGAUUUCCCUUUAGGUCUCCUCCUGGUUGGACGUACCCAGAAAACCUCACCAGGGAGGCAUCCUGACCAGAUGCCCGAGCCACCUCAACUGGCUCCUCUCGAUGUGGAGGAGCAGCGGGUCUAC